GUUUACUAUUAUCAAUAUCCAAAAGUUUGCCCUCUGUUUCUUUCAAAGUAAAAAGAACAGAGCCCUCCAAAGAGAACAAUUCACCUGAUCAAUUUUAUCUAUAUUCCCAACGCGUAAGCAGUACCCACCUGAAUAUGGUUCUUUCAACAAAACAAUCCGAGCGUGGCAAAGAAAUUAAAUUCAAAGAAGAAGAAAAUAAUUAUACAACAAUGGUCUUUCCAAAGAAUGUGGAUAAAUCCGACAAUAUGACUAUUGUCAUUCUCGGAGCCAGUGGAGAUUUGGCUAAGAGAAAACUCUUCCCUGCCUUGUUUACAAUUUUCAAAGAAGGAUUUCUCGGAAGUGCUUGGAGAGUUAUUGGUUAUGCCAGAUCUAACUUGACAAAACAAGAAUUAAUUGAUACACACUUAUUACCAUUCCUUAAGAAACACGAUAAGAAAGAUUUGGAUGCCUUCUUUGAACAUGUUUUUUAUCAAGCAGGUCAAUAUGACAAGGAAGAAGAUUUCCAAGCUCUUAACAAAUUGAUGGAACAAUGCGAAAUUGAAGGUGAAAAGAUUUUGGAAGCUGAACACAAAUCUCAAUUGGAACACAAGUGUUUGACCGAUGAUGAAGUGUUUGAUGACUGUAAAUCUCCAACUGCUCCAUUCAAACCACGUCGUCACAGAUUCUUCUACUUAUCUUUACCUCCAAAUGUUUUCCUUAGCUCUGCAUCAAUGCUCGGAAGAACUUGUAAAUCUCAAACUGGAUAUAAUAGAAUUGUUAUUGAAAAGCCAUUCGGUAGAGAUUUGAUCACUUUCAAGAAACUUUCAAAUGGUUUAUCUAAAGUUUUUGGAAAGGAUGAAAUUUACAGAAUUGACCACUAUAUCGGAAAGGAAGUUGUUCAAAACUUGCUUGUUCUCAGAUUUGCUAACGUAAUUUUGGAACCAUUGUGGAAUAGAAACACAAUUAAGAGUGUUCAAAUCAUUUUCAAGGAAGAAUUGGGAGUUGAAGGAAGAGGUGGCUAUUUCGAUAGUUAUGGUAUCAUCAGAGAUGUUGCUCAAAACCACUUGCUCCAAAUUUUGGCUCUCAUUGCUAUGGAACCACCAGUUACAUUGAGCCCAACUGAUAUCAGAAAUGAAAAGAUUAAAGUACUCAAAUCAAUUGAACCUGUCAAGAUGGAAGAUAUCGUAGUUGGUCAAUACAAAGGAAAGGUAAUUAAUGGUGAAAAGGUUCUCGGUUACAGAGAAGAUCCAAGUGUUGCCGAUGAUUCUAUCACACCAACCUAUGCUGCCUGUGUCCUUAAAGUUAAGAAUAGAAGAUGGGAUGGUGUUCCAUUCUUCCUUGAAUCAGGUAAAGCUCUUGAUGAAAGACUUGCUGAAAUCAGAAUUACCUUCAAUGAAGUUCCAGCCAACUUAUAUACACAUGCUGUAGUUAGUCCAAAUGAAUUGGUUAUCAGAAUUCAACCAAAUGAAGCUAUCUACUUUAACAUUGUAAAUAAGGUUCCAGGUUUGGGUGAAAAACUCUCUGAAUCUCAACUUAACUUUACUUAUAAGACAUUGUAUGAUGCCAAGAAGAUUCCAGAUGCUUACGAACGUCUCAUCCUCAAUAUGGUUCAAGGAGAUGAAUCUAAUUUCUUAUCAGAGGAUGAACUCAAGUAUUGUUGGCAAAUCUUUGAUCCAAUUCUCCAUGAAUUGCAAGAAAAGCUUGUUCAACCAGAGCCAUAUCCAUUUGCCAGUGCUGGCCCAACAGCAGUUCAUUAUUUGAGAGCUCGUUAUGGUUUAGUAGCAAGCAAAAAUGAUUCUGAUUUGUAAAAAUUGUAAAAUUACACAUUUAUAUGACAUUGAGAGCUUUCAGAUUUUUGAAUUUGGCUAUCUUUGAAAUAACCUUCGUUAGAAACAUGCAUUCCAAAUCAUCCUUAUUAUUUCCUUUCAUUAUUGUAAUGAUAUUUUCAGUUUCCCUCAUUAGAAUAUCCACUACUUGUGGUUGGUAAUUUUCGAAUAUUAUUGUCACCAAGUUAUCAUAAAUUUUCAGAAUAUAAAAUGGUUUUCCAUUAUACAAUUCCUUAAC